AUGGAGUUCUUCAACAAAUCCAAAAUCGUCAGACUCCGGAGCCACCUCAACAAGUUUUUAACCGCCGACGACGACCAACAGACGGUCCGGCAGAGCCGUAAUGCGUCGUCAACCAGAUCCCGGUGGACGGUGGAGAUGGUGGAAGGCAAAAGCCAUGUAAUCCGCCUGAAAAGCUGCUUUUCAGGCAGGUACCUCACUCCCUCCGGCGAGCCGUUUCUGUUGGGGAUGACCGGAAAAAAGGUGGUGCAGGAUAUUCAGGCGAACAAAAGGGAUACGUCCGUCGAGUGGGAGCCGAUAAAGGAAGGUGGGUUGGUGAAAUUGAGGGCGAAAGGCGGGAAGUAUUUGAGGGCGAACGGCGGAACGCCGCCGUGGCGGAACUCCGUCACGUAUGAUAUGCCUCACCGGACGGCGACGCAGGACUGGGUGUUGUGGGAUGUGGAGGUGGUUGAUGCAGUUGGUUUGGAGUCACAAGAGUCGUUCAUGAGUAAUUUAUCGCCGGCGACGAGUUUUUCGUCGGCGCCGGAUGUCGAUAGGGUUAUCACCACAAAUGGGUCGCCACGUGUCAGCGGAAGACAGUCUCGUCUAGUUUUAUCAGGUAUUAACCGUGUACCAAAUGUACCAUUGCUGAUUGAAUGA